CACCAUGGCUGAUGAAAAACCUAAGGAAGGAGUCAAGACUGAGAACAAUGAUCAUAUUAAUUUGAAGGUGGUGGGGCAGGAUGGUUCUGUGGUGCAGUUUAAAAUGAAGAGGCACACACCACUUAGUAAACUAAUGAAAGCCUAUUGUGAACGACAGGGUUUGUCAAUGAGGCAGAUCAGAUUCCGAUUUGAUGGACAGCUGAUCAAAGAAACAGACACACCUGCACAGUUAGAAAUGGAGGAUGAAGAUACAAUUGAUGUGUUCCAACAGCAGACAGGAGGUGUCUACUAAAAAGGGAACCUGAUACUUUCCUCCAAACUCUGUUCUUACAGACUAAGAAUACAUUCUCAAUUAGAAAACCACAAUUUGGUUUCACCACAUCCUGACUACUGUAGUAUAGUUUUCUCCAUUCUUUCAUUUUCCCUUCCCCAUUCCUUUAUUGUACAUAAAGUAGUUGGUGUACGUGCACAAGCAUAUUGCAUUUUUUUGAACUAAAUGAUCAAUAGUAUGUUUAUUUGUUUAUUUUUUAAUGGUAUGUUUUGAUUGACAUCAAAUGGAGAUGGGAUAGGGAAAAAUACUGGUUCUGUGAAAAUGCCCCCUUUCUCCAUUAGUGGCAUGCUCAUUCAGCUCUUAUCUUUAUAUUCCAGUAAGUUAUUUUGCACUCACUGUUUUAACAAAAAGAAAAAAAAA